AUGGCAGCGACGGCACAUCUCGGCUUAUUCCACUUCAACCGAAGACGGGGGAGGACGUUCGUAUUCAACGCCAUCACAUCCGCAUUUUGCAUUACACGAAUAAUCGCAGCAUCACUACGAAUGGGAUGGGCAGUCAGUCCGAGCAGCAUCAGCCUGGCGUGUUCGAUGCACACCUUCGUCUCCGCCGGAAUCAUCAUCUUGAUCCUCACCAAUCUCUUCUUCGCCCAACGAUUGGUACGAGCACAACACCCGCGCUUUGGAUGGAAGAAGCCGUUUUCCUUCUUCAUCGGACUCUGGGUUCUCCUCUGCUGCGUCGCCGUCUUUUUGAUGAUUGUCAGCUUUGUGGUCCAGGCCUACCUUCCCGAUCCUUUUUCACAGCACUCAGCCCGGAGGAUGCAACUCUUCAGCAACGUCAUCUUCGCCAUGACGGCCAUCCUCCCCAUUCCAAUUGCGGGAGUUUCGACCAUUGCCAAAUCUCACCCCACCCUCAAGGCCAUGCCCAUCGACAACUUUGGCAGAGGCUCUCUCAACCGCAAGAUGGUCAUCAUCUUCUCCUCCGCCACCAUCCUCUCCAUUGGRGCCAUCGGCACAAGUUUCUACCUUUUCGACUUCACCCUCGACUUCUCCCUCGUAAUCCUCUGGCUGGUGGUCCGGAUUGACGCUCAAUUCAUCAUUCCCGAUGGCUCCGACGGCCCCAUGACCUACGGCAACGGCUUCCACUUCGCACGGAGAUCGCGAGGUGCUCGAUCACCCAUUGAACGCUGCUCGACCCUCCCCACUCGAUCCUUCACCCGCGAUCAAUCAUGGGGCACCCUCCGAAAGUACAUGGUGGAGGAAGAAAAGUUCAAGGGCCUCGAAGGGCGCGUCCGCACUCCCGUCUCCCGUCUCCAAACCCCCAUAUCGCGACCGGAGAUGAUUCACACGCCCAGCCACUCCAACUCCAACGUCAACCUCAACGCCCAUCACCAAACCCCGACCUCGUCCGCCGCACAACACCGACCCACCAUCUCCGCCGAUCGCUACUUUCGCACACCCAGUCGAGGAAAUUCGUUUUGGAAAUCCACCAGCACAGCCGCUUCGAACACCGCCACCACGGCGAGCCACCACCACCAUCACCACCACCACAACAACAACAAUACYAACAACAGCAGCACCAACACCAUCCACCGCGUGGAUUCCACUUGCCCGACCACCAUCCACGAGCGAACCGACUCCAACACGGAAGACAUUCGCAAAUUCCCCAUCGCCAUCACCGACAUUGAUCUCCGCCGCGCCACCGCCGCUGCACUCCGCGCUGCCGCGGCCGAGCAAGAAGCGGCGAUUUAUGCGCGGACGGCAGAGUGGAGUGAUUUGACCAGUCGAGUACACGCGCAGUUUGACGUGAGGAGUCUGUCUUGUUAUUCCGUGCGGAGUGAUUUGAGGCCCGGCAGUACGACUACUGCUGCCUUUUCGCCACGCUUGGUGUAG